GUUUUUGAGGAAGGGGGUUAUGGUAUUAGUUAGUGAUACUGGUCUCACCUGUCGGCACUGGACUGGUCACACAGAAAGGUGAGGCGAGUAGCAACACCACACUGAAACAAAUACGUAUGGUGCAGUUUUGUGCCUGUGUGCCUCAUGUCGUCACCGCAGACGAUGACCUUAUCCUGUCCAGUGACACUUUUGUCCACAACCUCCACCACGCACAUCCUCAUUCCCUCACCAGGAUUCUUCUCCACCAAUCACAUCCUUUUGUAGACUUGACGAUGAGGAGGGCUUGAUGAUGAAGAAGCCUCUUUAUUAGCUCUCGGCACAUCCUACGCAAACAGUGAUAAGUGAUUUGGUGAUUGGUCGGAUUUUGUUAUAUUUUGGACUUUGGACAGUGCUGCACAUCAUCUGUGUUGAAGAGAGAAUAAACAGAUACUGGAGUUACAUCCUUGUGUUUGAGGUGGAGAUGCUUUGCUCUCAGGUGCAGCUGCUUCUCGUGGCUUUGUUUUCCUCUGUGCUGCUGGUGCAGGUCAGCGGUGUCCCACGCAGAGACAUGCUGACAGAAACACUGAGGGCAGACCUGGCAAGUGACAAGGAUCUCGCUCACUUGCUCUUGCUGAAGUUCGUGUCUGAACUGAUGGCGGCGAGAGGAGACGAGAUGCUCCCCGAGCCGGAGGAUGAGGAGGAGCAGGAGGCAGGAGUCAGGGAGGAGGUGAUGCGGCGGCAUCUUGCCCUCUCUCAAAGAGAGCGCAAGGCGGGCUGCCGCAACUUCUUCUGGAAGACGUUCACCUCGUGCUAGCACCGGACCAGAGCUGCUCAAGCUGGAGUGUUGUUAUUGUUUUUAAUUCCUCUUCUUUUCAAGCAUAACUUAUUCCGUGUUUAAUUACUUUGUUGGAGCUCAAUCGAUUACUGCAAGAUGCCAAAUGUGCAGGUGUUGUAGCAAUUGUAAGCUGUGAUAAGGCUGUAUGUUUUGAGAUGGGCAGGGAUUUACACAGUGUCCACAAUAAAAAAAGAAAAUCAGUUUAAAA